AUGUCUGGUACUAGAGAGCAAGUGUUUCCUACGCGUAUGACGCUGGGUUUAAUGAAAACGAAGUUGAAAGGUGCCAAUCAAGGCUAUUCACUAUUAAAGAGGAAGUCAGAAGCAUUGACCAAGAGGUUCCGUGAUAUUACAAAGAGAAUUGACGAUGCCAAGCAGAAGAUGGGGAGAGUUAUGCAAACUGCUGCGUUCUCGUUAGCUGAAGUUUCCUAUGCUACAGGUGAAAAUAUCGGGUAUCAAGUUCAAGAGAGUGUGUUGAAUGCCAGAUUCAAAGUUAGAGCUCGUCAAGAGAAUGUUAGUGGUGUUUAUUUACCCCAAUUUGAAUCAUUUGUCGAUCCAGAAAUUAACGAUUUCAAACUAACAGGGUUGGGACGUGGUGGUCAACAAGUGCAGAGAGCUAAAGAGAUCUAUUCCAAAGCCGUAGAAACGUUAGUUGAAUUGGCAUCUUUACAGACAGCAUUUAUUAUUUUAGAUGAAGUUAUUAAAGUCACCAAUAGAAGAGUGAAUGCUAUAGAACACGUCAUUAUUCCAAGAACUGAAAACACCAUUGCUUACAUUAAUAGUGAAUUGGAUGAACUGGAUAGAGAGGAGUUUUAUAGAUUGAAGAAGGUGCAAGAGAAGAAACAACAGGAGACGGCAAGACUAGAUGCCGAAAUGAAAGCGAAGAGAUUAGAGGAAGAAAGAUUAAGCAACGAAAAUAAAGAAUCUGGGAACAAUGAACCAUUACCCGAAUCUAGCGUACCAAUAUCAACGGAAGUGUUAGUAGCAGAACAGGAAGAUGACGUUAUAUUUUAG